AUGGCGUUCCGAUCUCGUAUACUUGAUCUUGAAAAGGAGGCCCAUUUCUUAAAAGACAGCACAAACAAACUUGAAAGUUUGGUGAUGCAAGGCACAAGCAGCGUGGCCAAGGACGCAGUAUCAUUACAGAGCUAUGAAAAGGAGCAUAGCAAGAUUCAAGAUCGUUUGAACCGACUUGAAGAUAUCACCAAGAUGCAGCUUCAUGAUAUCAAUCGCAUGCUCGUUGAAGCAAACUAUCUACAUGGCAUCAAUAGCGAUGGUGCUUUGAAAGAUCGACCUACCUUGACUGAUGAGGAACACGAGACUAUCAAGGAACAAAACGCAAGCCUUCAGAUUAACGUACUCCAUCUCCAAGAAGAGAUCAACGAAAGUCAAGGAAAAAUCCGUAAAGUGCGAGACAUGAUCAAGCUAUAUACCCAACUUUUAGAAGAAAUGACCGCUCGAUUUGGAAGCAACGGCAUUGGCAAGCGUUCAGAAGAACCAGCUGCGUUAUUGAGCCGUACGCCACGCACCAAAGAGGAAGAAAACGAUCUACUCACGAAACAAAUCCACAAUGUUCGUGUGCAAUCACGGCGCGAACAGCAGCUCAUUAUAUCCGCGUGGUACGAUCUUGCCCGACGCAACCAUCGUGAAGGUGUUGGUAUUUCCAUUCGAUCGACGCCUUCAUCAUGGCUUGGCCGACAGCGAAAGAUUCUGGAUAGUCACUUGCGAAAGCGAUUGUGCUAA